AUGUACACCACCAACACACGAUAUUCUCGACACCACAAUAAUAACAGUUACCAUCAGACGCAGCCGUACACAUCACCGUCAACCAAGUACAAUUAUUCAUCACCUACUAAGUACAAUAGUGGUUAUGAAACUUAUUCGUCACCUGUCAAGUCGACUUCAUACCAUCAACGAAGUUAUGCUGAAUACUAUUCAUCCCCCAGUAGUCCAACCUACUACAAUCAACAACAACAACAACAAGACUUUUACCAUUCUGGAGCUUCAACGGCUUCCUCUUCUUCUCAAGAAGGUCCUUUUUACGCCGAUGAAUUGGAUGAAUUGGAUGACUACAAUAUGGGCAUGGCUAGUGCUGAAAUGACGACGAUUCCUACGGUCGUAACACCAAUUAAGCUGAGUUUAUAUGAACAAGGCAAGACUCCAACUGGUAGAGUCAUGAUCACAGCUGGAAACCAGACUAUUGAGUUUUUUUCUUGUGCAGUGAAUGCACCACUUUCACGGUGUAUGAUUGUGCACGAGUAA